CCUUCUUCAUGUCUUUGGAUUUGGUUUUAAGUUUCAACCAUAUAUUUCUUGAGAUACAUUACUUUAUAUUAUCAACAUGUCUAAUAAGUAAAUUAUAUAAGAUUUGAUUUUUUUCUUGUUUAUCUUUUUCAUUGCUUUGUGUCAGAAAAUCUAAAUAAAUAUAUGAAAUGGAUUUCAUUACAUAAACAGAGGGAGCUCCGUACAUGAUCUGGCCCUCCUUCUUUUCCACAUCUCUGUCUCUUGAGCUAAUUUGUUUUUUUUUUUUUUUUUUGCAUGAGAGAUAGUUUAUUUAUUAUUUAAUAAUGCUGCCUAUAUGUUGGUCUACUGCUUUGAUCUUUUAGUGAGGCAAGUGAUGAAGUAGAUACAGGGUUUUUAUCAUGAAAAUGUAUAAAAGAACAUAAAUUGAGAAGCUGAGGAGUGAAAGGUACAGUGUUCUUUCACAGAGAAAGAAGAGAAACAUACACUUUCUUCUUCUUCAUUCUUAACACACAUUUUGGAAAAUUUUGAUGUAAGAGUUCUGUUUGCAACGGUUUGUUAUCUGAGAUCUUCCCAGAGGUUCUAUCAAAAGAAGGAUAAAGUUUCAUUUCAAACCCAAUGGACAACGACAACACUUUUAGUUCUAUGGAUAAUGUCAUGACUAACCAAAACAAUCUUCUCAUGGAUUUGAUACCUUCAAGAGAUGAUUCCACUUCUUUUUCAACAAUGCUUCCAUGGAAUUCCAUGAGACCAGAUCCUCUACAAAUGGGUGGAUAUGAUAUUUUCAAUUCUUUUCUCACUAACAGGUACUUAUCAUCUACUUCAAGCUCUAUCAAUGUUCAAGAAACCCGCCAUAUCGAAAGCUUUGAGGUCAUGGCUCCUCCUCUUCCUCCACUUCAUCAUUUGGAUCAUUUAAGACCAUACGAUGAUUACUCAAACAACAUGUGGAGUCCUGGAGAAAAUAGUGGAUUUCAUCCAUAUUCAUGUGCACAAGGUGUUGUUGGUCCUAGUGAACCAAUAACAUCUACAUUUGCUGAAGAAGAUGCUUCUGAUGAGUGCUCAGAGAUAAGUCCUUAUGCUGCUACUAAAAUGACCUCAGAGCAAGCUUCUUCCAGCAGCAAAGACAUUUAUAAUAACGUCUCUCAUGUUAUAUUUGGCUCAAAGUAUCUUCACUCUGUUCAAGAAAUACUAUCUCAAUUCGCUACAUACUCCCUCCACGGCUUAGAGAAUAAUCCUCAAUGCUAUAUUUCAUCUCGAGGAACUGAGUCGGUGGCUUCUGAUUCAGCAUUUACUUCACGUUUUGAGAUUCGAAACGAGUUUCUUGAAGGAGGUUUUGAUCAAAGACGAGCACUAGAAGCAAAGAGAACCCAGCUCUUGGAUCUACUUCAAAUGGUGGAUGAUAGAUAUAGUCAUUGCGUUGACGAGAUUCAUACAGUUGUAUCAGCUUUCCAUGCAGCAACCGAGUUAGACCCGCAGCUACACACCCGGUUUGCACUCCAAACCAUCUCGUUCCUAUACAAGAACCUGAGGGAGAGAAUCAGCAAGAAGAUACUUAUGAUGGGAUCAGUUUUAGAGAGAGGCAAAGAGAAGUCUCAAGAAAACUCAAUCAUCCACCAGCAUUGCCUUCUUCAGCAGCUGAAGCAUAAGAACCAUCAGAUAUGGAGACCGCAACGAGGCUUGCCUGAGAAAUCAGUCUCGGUUCUAAGGACUUGGAUGUUCCAAAACUUUCUUCACCCUUACCCAACGGAUUCAGAGAAACAUCUUCUUGCUAUACGAAGUGGAUUGACAAGAAGUCAGGUAUCAAACUGGUUUAUAAAUGCGCGGGUUAGGCUAUGGAAGCCCAUGAUAGAAGAGAUGUACGCAGAAAUGAACAAGAGGAAGCUGAACAACACUCAACUUCAAGGCAAUGGAGGAAGUCGUAGGAUACCAAAGUCCAUAAUGAUGACCCAAGAAAGGAACAAAUAGGAUAAUGAUUAUGUGGUAACUUGUAACGCAAUCGCUACUAUAAUUAUCAGACAAACUAAGUAUUAUGAUUGCUUAUGUUAUAAUUGUAUAUACAACUUCUCUUUUAUCUCAACUAUUUCAUAA